AUGGAAUCUUUCCAAGAGUCUAAGAAAAAUUCGGCUGACAUAGUAGAAGAAUAUCGAAAAAUGUUCGCCGACAUACAAAAGACUCCAACAUCAGAUGAAAAUAUUCAGCAUAGAAUGGAAGUACUGAAAGAAAGUGUACGCAAAUACAACAAUCCUUUUUACUUACGACCAUAUAACGUUCAAUCUUUGGCUGAACUCGGUGAAAAUAAAAGGUUAAAUUUCAACAAAACAUAUAGAAAUGAAACAUUGUUUAAAGUUCAUUCAGAACCUAACCAAUAUGGAAACAAACCUACUUUUGUUUCUGCAGACUAUGGAACUACAAUGAGAUGGGGUCAUAAAGCUAAUCCGGAUAGGUGGUUCAUAAACUUACAACCACAAUUCCAAGAAGUUGUAGACGCAAUGGAAGUGAAUGGUGAACCAGAUAUAGCUGGUAUUUUCAGCGCGGCUUUAAUGCCAUUGAAAGAUAUGAAACAUGCAGAUAUUUUGGACCAGUAUGAAAUGAACAUGGCUGAUGGAAAUAUAACACCUGACGUUCUAGAACAUUUAUCUCAAAGAACUACACAGAACCAUAGAGAUGGUAUAUUUGGUGAAGAGUUUAGAAAGAAAGUUAGGGAGAGAGAAGGAAGAGAACCUAUUGUACAUGACCUUGCAAACGAAAGUUUACAAAAUGUCAUAAAAACUUACUUUGCAGACAAUGAACCGAGAAGGGAUGAAUAUUUAAGAAAACUCAAAUGGACAGUACCAAAUGAAAUGUUAGUAUUGAAAAACAUGUUCCUUGACAAAAUAAAACCAACUACAGAAAUAAAUGACGCAAGACUGAAACAUUGGGUAAAAGCUUUCCCAUUCACAAAAGAUAUUAUUG